AUGCCUAUGUCAUUAGAAGUGAACGUGAACGGCUCAAAAGUUCGAGGAAGUACAAGCAGCUAUAGUGAAUAUGAAACUGCUUCUGUCGGCACAGACUUUCAUAUUUUUGGUCCCUUUACUGGACAUCUAAGUCAGAUAUUUGAAAAAUAUGAAGAAGAUGGAAGAGUCUGUGAAAAGAAAUUAAUCGAUGCUUUUCAUGAUUUGAAUUUAUUUCCUUCUAAAUCACAGAUUCAUGAAAUGGUACAUUGUGCCGUGGAAUAUGGUAGCCCGUGUUGUGAUGAUAACAUAACUUUUGGGGAAUUCUGUGUUCUAGUGGACGAACUGCAACAUCAUUAUAAUAAAAGCCUGCCCUUCACCUGUCCUCAGUCAUCCUUGAAGAAAAAAUGGGAACAUGGAACAGACACAAGACGAAAAAGAAAAGAAAGUCAAUCAAAUUUUCAAGUAUUUUUGGGUGGUUCGUGUAACCCUACAACAUGGCGACGAGACAUAGCGAUACCAUUUCUAAAAAAAGAAGUCAUCACCUUUUAUAACCCUCAAGUGAACACAUGGAGACAAGAACUGAUAGAACUAGAAGAUAAAGCUAAACAGUCAGCUGAUCUACUAUGUUUUGUUAUUGAUAAUCAAACACGUGCUGUAGUUUCUAUGAUAGAGACAGCUUAUUUAGUAGGUUGCUACAGACAGAUUAUUGUGGUUAUGAAUGCUUAUGAAAAGGAUGAAGAAAUUUUAAUCAAUGGAAAACAGAUCUCCCAAUCAGAGCGAUUUGAUUUGAUGAGAGUGCGUAAUAUAUUGAUAGAUUUAGUAGAGAGAAACAGUAUACCCGUUUUUAGCGAUGUUCACUCAGCGUUAAACUGUGUAGUGACCUGCCUCCACCAGGGCAUUCGGGUUCAAGAUUUACAAUUACAACACGGAGCCAGCCCUGUCAGAUAUGGCCAUUUAGAGGUUGGAGAAUCCUUGCUAAAAUUACGAGAAACGUUUAACUCUAUAACUUGUAAACAUGAAGGCAGGAUGAGCUUUAAAGAUGUUCAACUGGCAUAUAAAGCUAUGACCAAUCAGCAACUGCCGUCAAACUGGUUGAAACAUAAGAAGAAGUCAUACACGUUUGAAGAACUUUGCUGUUUAAUUUCUGAGUUUAAAAGACAGAGACCCUCCACCAUUUCUACAUUUCUGACGAAAUUAUUGUCACCCAUAACUUGGUUGAUUAAUAAAGUUCGAGGGCCGACACCAGUUAUGGAAUCGUAUAAUGAUGAUGGUACUAGAGAUAUUUAUCUGGGAGGUAGUUGUGGUAAAUCAUCCUGGAGAGAAGAUAUAGCUAUUCCUAUGUUACGACGUCAUGGCCUGUCCUACCUCAAUCCGUUUGUAAGUGAAUGGAUAUUCAAUAUGAUACCAAUGCAAGUUGCAGCCAGGGAAAAAUGUCGUCUGCUGUUAUAUAUUUUAACAGAAGAAUCCCGAUCUUUCUCAGCCAUGGUCGAGGCUGGUUACUAUAUAGGGAGAGGGUGUCGUGUUGUUUUGUGUAUUCAGUAUUUAAAGAAAGGUUCACUGGUGUCUGGAGAACAUCUAAGUGACUGUACGAUAGAGGAUUAUAACCGAGGGCGUAUGUAUUUGAGUGAUAUGGCCAGUAAAGAAGGCGUACAGAUAUUCGAAGAUCUAGAAGAAUCUAUCAAUUGUGCUAUAUCAUUGUUGAAAGAAACAACAUAA